GCAUCAGAAUACGAAGUGGCUCUGAUCAAACUACUGAGUGGCUCGAUCUGAUUGUGAUUAUAAUAUAUGAUUAUUUAGAAGAUUUGAUGAUAGUGCCAUCAACAUCAUUCCUUAUGAAGCAACAAAAUAUAAUCAUUUGCAACAGCAAAAUGUAACGUAGUAAUAUUUGGUGAAACUAUGGGGGGGAGCAAAAUGGAACAGUGCAUUUUUUUGGGUUUUAUGCUCGUGUCUUUAUGUACCGGUGAAGUGGUUAACGAUGAAAACACAUCUUGUAACGCGACAGGUUCAUCUCGCGUCGAUUACGAAUAUAAUACACAAGUUGUUGGUAGUGAACAUAUUAUCACAUUUAAAGGAUAUUUCCCAAGAAGCACCCGCGAGAACUACGUAUCUGCCGCAUUGCGAAAUGCAGGGGUGGUUAACUGGACUAUUACCCAGAGAAACAAUCCAGCCAAAGAGUACCCCAGUGACUUUGAUGUGAUAUUAUUGGAGGAUGGCGACAGACGAGCUCUUGACGCAUUGCGUGACCAUCCUGCAGUGCGACGAGUCACUGCCCAGAGGCAGGUGCAGAGGACCAUCAAAUAUGUGCGAGAGGAGUGCGGGCCCGCCGGUUGCCUCUACGCUGGCUGGCGCAGCCACCGUGCGCGCGCGCUCCGCUCGCUGCGGCAACCACGGGAGAACGGAUAUACCUCCAGAAAACUCCUGAGAACCGUGCCGCGGCAGAUAACAUCUGUACUUAAAGCUGAUUUACUUUGGUCACUCGGUGUAACUGGUGAGGGCAUAAAGGUGGCCGUAUUCGACACGGGCCUGGCGCGCCACCACCCGCACUUCGGGCGCGUGCGCGAGCGGACGGACUGGACGGGCGAGAACACGCUGGACGACGCGCUCGGCCACGGCACCUUCGUGGCCGGCGUCAUCGCCUCCCGCGCCGACUGCCUCGGCUUCGCGCCCGACGCGGACCUGCACAUAUUCCGGGUGUUCACCGACAACCAGGUAUCUUACACGUCAUGGUUCCUGGACGCGUUCAACUACGCAAUCAUGCGCAAGAUCGACGUGCUGAACCUCAGCAUCGGCGGGCCCGAUUUCAUGGACCACCCCUUUGUGGACAAGGUGUGGGAACUCAGCGCUAACAAGGUGAUAAUGGUGUCAGCGAUCGGCAACGAUGGGCCGCUGUACGGCACGCUCAACAACCCCGCCGACCAGAUGGACGUGAUCGGCGUCGGCGGCAUCGGCUUCGACGACCGCAUCGCCAAGUUCUCUUCCCGGGGGAUGACCACGUGGGAGCUGCCUCAUGGUUACGGGCGUAUGAAGCCGGACAUCGUGACGUACGGCAGCGGAGUCCGCGGCUCCAGCGUGUCAGGUGGCUGCCGGUCGCUUAGCGGUACAUCGGUGGCAUCGCCCGUGGUAGCCGGUGCAAUAGCGCUGCUGGCCAGCGGCGUGCCCCGGCAGAGCCUGACGCCGGCGGCGGUGAAGCAGGCGCUGUGCAUCACGGCGCGGCGGCUGCCCGGCGCCAACAUGUUCGAGCAGGGCCACGGCAAGCUCGACCUCAUCAGCGCCUACCAGUUCUUGAGGGAGUACGAGCCGCAGGCGAGCCUCAGCCCGCCAUACAUCGACCUGACCGAGUGCCAGUACAUGUGGCCGUACUGUACGCAGCCGCUGUACUACAGCGCGCAGCCGACCAUCGCCAACGUGACCGUCAUCAACGGGCUCGGCGUGUCCGGACACGUGACAAAAGUGAGCUGGCACCCGCACCUGCCGCACGGGCCGCUGCUGUCAGUGGCGGCCGAGUACAGCGCCAUCCUGUGGCCCUGGUCCGGCUGGCUGGCGCUCAGCUUCUCCGUGCUGGAGGGCGGCUCGGCCUUCGACGGCGUCGUGGAGGGCCAUGUGAACGUGACAAUAGAAAGCCACGAUGAGACUGGCGAAAGUACCAUGAGAAACGCCACGUUGAUGCUCCCGAUAAGAGCGCGAAUAAUCCCCGUCCCGGUGCGGUCCCGCCGCCUCCUCUGGGACCAGUACCACAGCCUGCGCUACCCGGGCGGGUACUUCCCGCGCGACGACCUGCGCGCCAAGCACGACCCGCUCGACUGGCACGCCGACCAUCUGCAUACCAACUUCCGCGACAUGUACCGCCGGUUGCGCGACCACGGCUUCUACCUCGAGGUCAUGGGAACCCCGCUGACAUGCGUGGACACGUCUCUAUACGGCGCCCUGCUGCUGGUGGACCCGGAAGACGAGUACUUCCCCGAGGAGAUGGCAGCUCUCAAGAAGUCAGUCGACGCUGGACUCUCCUUAGUCGUGUUCGCUGACUGGUACAACGCGUCCUUGCUGCGACACGUCAAGUUUUAUGACGAGAACACGCGUCAAUGUAUACAGGUGGCGCUGGGUGACCGCGUGUUCGAGGGCUCGUUCAAGCUGGGCGGGCACGCCAUGUACUACGCGAGCGGCACGCACAUCCACAGCUUCCCCGAGCACGGCGUGCUCGUCACGGCGCCGCUCGCGGACCAGGGCCAGCAGAUAAUGUCCGGCGAUAAGCCGGGGGAGGGCGGGACGGCGAGCGCGCGCACGGUGGACGUGCCUAUUCUGGGCCUGCUGCAGACCGACGGGCCCACCAAGGACUACACCAACCACACCGUCGACACCAUGCCUAAGGCGGGUCGGCUGGUGGUGUACGGGGACUCAUCGUGCCUGGAAGGCGGCGCGGCGCGCUCCUGCCACUGGCCUCUGGCCGCUCUGCAGUACGCGCUCGCCGCGCACCUGCCCCCCGCGCUCCGUGACGCAGCCGCGCCGCGCACGCGACAGCGCGAUGUGCACAUAAUACCAUCUGAUUUGCCGAAACGCGCCAAAGGCGGGCGUCUGCACGCAUACUCUCGCGUGCUGGCCGCUGACGAGAGCGGGCCGCGGCCGGCGCCGGAGUGCCCGCGGUUGGCGCCGCUGCCCGCGCGCGCCGUGCACGCGCCGCCCGCCGCGCGCACGCUCGCGCCCCGCCAUCCGCCCACCGACCCGAGAACCAUCGUGGGUGGUUCAGAGACGGAGGGCACUGAGCCGGCGGCGCGGGCGUGGCGCGGCGCGGGGGCGACGGCGGCGCGCGGCGGCUCCGCGCCCGGCGCGCCCGCGCCGCCCACGCUGGCCAGCCGCGCGCUCACGCUGCUCGCCCUCGCCGCCCUAGUAUACUGCCUCACCGCCGCCUGGAAGCGCUGCGGCCGCAAGCUCCGCCGCCGCAGACUCCUCUCCUUGGCCACCUAGCACAGCCACGACGAUAACAAAGAUGCGGAAUAGUUCAAUAGGCGCACUCCUGACUGACGGCGCACCCGUCUCGUUGACGUUGAAAAACGAUGGACGAGUGAAUCAUAUGUACAUAUUUAAUAAAUUGUGAUGUACUUACAUUAUAUCGGUCACUUUAAAGUGAAGUGUUAAUAAUAAACAGACAAUGUCAAAUAUUUGUAAUAGAGGAAACUCGCUAUUGCGCUAACGCCCGGUCUAUUGUCGGUGCUACUGGAUUGUCUUUCGGUGAUGGGACCAAACUUGGAGGAACUUACGAGUGAGUUGUUAUAAUAGACUUCUGUGAUUUUAGAAGUGUCGGAACCCUUAAGGUGUAGAUAGAUAAUUUUUUGUACCAAUAUUUUUGCCGUGUACUGGUUAAUAGUUUAAUAAACUGUUGACGUUAUUGGUGUUAAAAUGUAGAUAUACUAUAUGUAUAAGAUUAUUAGACAAUUGUAAUACUCUAGAUAAUAUUUAUUGAAAUAUUUGUUACUAGCUCGCAGUAGUGUAACAGGCAAAAAUCAUUAAAUCAUAAUGAGGUUCGAAAAAAUGUUUGUAUAAAAAAGGACUGUACAAGUUUUUAAAGGGUAGGCAACCUCUGGUGUUUUCGUAAUAGUCCGAAUUUAUGAAGUCGUCUGGGCCGAUAUAGAAAAUUCGUUUUUAUUGGUAUAGCAACGCAACGGCAACACUCGUCUAGCUGCUGGUUAAACAUUGUGGAUAUUUUAUUCACAUGGAUCUUAAAAGAAAAAAGAUAUGUUAACCUAAUUCACGUCAGAGCCUACAGUUAUUAUCCUUUUUAACCGCCUUCCAAAUCUCAAAGGAAGGGGUUUUCAAUUCGUCUGUAUUAUUUUUUUUUUAUUUUUUUUUAUGUUUGUUCCUCGAUAUCUCCGUCGUUACUGGCCCGAUUUUGAAU